AUGGACGGCGACAGCGUGGACAACAUGGCUAACACGAGCCAAGUUGAAGACCGAGAGGUCAGUUUUGAGCAAGGACAGCAAGGACAGCAAGGAGAGCAAGGAGAGCAAGUAGAGCAAGUAGAGCAAGGGCAGCAAGGCGCUGCAAAUGGACAGGAUGCCGACCAGGUCGAAGUGGCCGAGAACAAUGGUGAGGCGCUUCAUCUGGCGGAGCCUGUAGAGAGUGUGGCUGACAUGGAUGCGCUAGAAGCAGAGGCCGCCGAGCAGAGAGAGCGCCUGUGGGCGCAAUUUUCGAAGGACGAGCUCAUGAUUUUCAAGGACCUCCCGCAAUCGCACGUCAAACCCCAGAACUUUGAUCCCUCGAUCGACCAGGACAACGGGCUGAUGCCGCGCACAAAGGGCGACAAGGAGAAUGGCGAGGAAGAUCGCCACGCUCGUCGCCGCGAUCGUGGAGAUCGUGGUGACCGCGGGGACCGAGGAAGGAGGAAUAACCUUGAGCAUGACUACGAGCAUGAGGAGAAGGAUUGGCGCCGACACGAGCGGCACGACCGCCGCGAGCGCCAAGGAGACCGCCAAGGCGAGCGCCAAGGCGAGCGCCAAGGCGAGCGCCACGAACGGGAGCGGCAUGACUGGCACGACCGACACGACCGCCACGACCGGGACAGGCAGGAAACAUUGAAAGUUGCGGGCACCUCACCUGGGGCAGGUGGGGAAACACUUGGGGCUAUGGUGGUCAGGCCAAGUUCGCAGGGCGAAGCGAGUGCGGUAUGGUGCAUCAGCUACUACCGAGCCUCUCCUGCGAAGGUUACAGAUCCUUGGGCCCAGUAUGUGUCUGUGGCCGGCUUCAUGUGUUGA